AAAAUCAGCAUUUAGACGAACCAACCCCUUUGGCAGUUUACCUACAAAACAAAUAAGCACUUGGUUAUAAAAAUGCUCGGCAGUGAUGGAGACAGCAGUCCUUUCUCACCUGCUAAAGACGCAUCUGAUGAGAAGCGCAAGUCUCCGGCCUUGGAGCGGGAACCGUCGGCAGCCAACAGGUUUACGGAGCAUGGCGUGGACCGCUACUACAUCCCACCCUCAACCUCCAAACAGAGCACAGAGCCGGGCAACCCGUGCUCGUUCCUUCCUUACACGGCGAGCGGCACUGUUUACAGCUCCUCAAGUGCACCCCGGUACCCCUCAUCUCUGCAUCUGAGCUCCGUUCUGCCUCCAACGGGAUUCUCCCCCUCCUCCUCUGGCAGAGGCCACUUCAGUCCGGCCUAUCAACUGGGCCAGAGUCCUGGCUGCCUCUACCCGUCCUACGCCAGCAACAUGGCCCUACCUGCGUCCACGGCGCACACGCGCGCUCAGGUCUACCUUUGCAAUCGGCCACUGUGGCUCAAGUUCCACCGACACCACACGGAGAUGAUUAUCACUAAACAGGGCAGGCGUAUGUUUCCUUUUUUAAGUUUUAACAUAGCUGGACUAAACCUAACUGCACAUUACAACGUGUUUGUGGAGGUGGUUCUCGCGGACCCCAACCACUGGCGAUUUCAAGGAGGCAAGUGGGUCACGUGCGGCAAGGCGGACAGCAGCAGUCAAGGAAAUAAAAUAUAUAUCCACCCUGAAUCACCAAAUACUGGAGCCCACUGGAUGAGACAAGAGAUCUCCUUCAGUAAACUCAAACUGACCAACAAUAAAGGCACCAAUCACAGCACAUCUCAGAUGAUUGUAUUGCAAUCACUGCACAAAUAUCAGCCGCGGCUGCACAUCGUGGAGGUCUCUGAGGAUGGAGUGGAGGACAUCAGCAGUGAACACAAAACCCAGACUUUCACUUUCCCAGAGACGCAGUUUAUAGCUGUCACUGCCUACCAAAACACUGAUAUCACACAAUUAAAAAUAGAUCAUAACCCUUUUGCCAAAGGAUUCAGAGAUAAUUAUGAUUCAAUGUACACUGCUCCGGAGAGUGACCGGCUCACCCCGUCCCCCACUGAAUCUUCUCGUGCUCACCAGAUUGUACCUGGGGCACGCUAUACCAUGCAGCCUCUGUUCCAGGACCAGUUAGUACACAACCUUCCUCAAAACCGCUAUUACAACAGUGAGAGAGCUGUGCCACAGACCAACAGCCUCCUGUCCCCCCAGACAGAUGAUGGAGUGUCACAGAGGUGGUUUGUCACUUCAGUGCAGCAAGGAGGAAACAGCAGCAGUAGCAGCAACAACAAGCUCGACCUGAGCCCAUAUGAAGGGGAGUACAGCCCUCUGCUGCCCUAUGGCAUCAAGUCCCUGUCCAUGCAAACAUCACACGCCCUGAGUUAUUACAGCGACUCGCCCUUCUCCACCAUGACCCAGGGCUGGGGGUCUAGAGUGGCCUAUCAGAGGAAGGUGUCCCCCAGCCUACCCUGGUCCCCACGGGCAUGUCCCAUAUCUAAUUUUCCUGAAGACUCAGACAAAACAAAGCCACUGGAUGAGGAGAUGAAUGGCAGUGUGAUGCCCUGGACUGACACACCAGUGUCUGUCUCUUUAGAGAAAACAGAUUCAUAUGCACUAGUGUGCAAGAGGAGACGCCUGUCCCUCAGUGCUCCCAGUGUAGAAGACGCACAUGCUGACAUUAAGUGUGAGGAUUUGAUCUCCACGGUUAACAACAGCUCCUAUGGCAAAGAAACACCCUCUUCCAAAAGCAUGGCAGCCUACUAUUCAUUUUACGCAAACCAAUAGACUGGAUUACCAAGACUUUAGAUGAGCCUCAGUAUUUCCCAUUAAUAGGCUCCAUCAAGAAAAUAUGAUGGC